GUCUGGUGUACCCAAAUGAUUCCCAUACAAACAGUACGCCUUCUUCUCGCAAUUGCAACUCUCAGCCGCGUCUCAGACGGUGCUCUGAGGUUCGUGCAAGCUCCGAGCGGCGUCGUCUAUAUUCCACCACGAGGAGUGCGCGGAAAGCUCGUUUCGUGUGUGACGAACGAGCCUGCUACAAUAACGUGGGAAUACGACGAUGGGCGGGUGCUCGAUAAUCGUAGAGGAUACAACAUCACGCAGCUCUCGUCGACGGCGAGUGGCAUCUACCUGACGAGCGAACUGCGCGACGCCGUUCCGGGCAGGUUUACUAGUGCUAGCAGGUCGAUUAGCUGCAAGGCCGGUGCAGUCAGCAGCGGCAGUUUUCAGUUUGCAGUGGGAGAGUUGAUCGAACCUCCCUCCAAUCCAGUCAGUGUCAUUAUCGAUGAAGGAGAGAAUGUUGUAUUUAGCUGCACGUUUCUGACAAGAACUCGUCCAACGCCCGAUGUGCAUUGGGUAUUUCACGACUUGUCUGGUCAUCGCAUUGAACUCGAAGAGUCGAGUCUUCUAACCAGUCUUGAACACAAGACUAGUCAGCUGAGGAUUAUAAGAGCUAAUCGAACUCAUGUCGGAGAUUACCAUUGUGUUGUUUCAAAUGAGUUCAACAGCUUUGCUUCUACAUCGGCCACACUAACUGUGAGAUAUUUUUAUCCAGUGAAACUGACUGCUCGUCCAAUGUCGACGGUGGCAACUGGCACUGUAGUGACACUCGUAUGCAGCUUGUCAGCAGUCCCACCAGCAGAUGAGAUUCGUUUGAGUCACAAUGGUGUUCCAUUCUUCUCGUCGUCUAAUCGUGGUCUAAACAAAGAAAUAGGAGGGAGAAUUACUGUCAACAAAGUGAAUCAUGUAGAGUACGAAUUCACUGCUGAUUUAACUUGGAACGGUGACAUCGUGUCAGCAUUUGUGAAGGCUCCACGUCAUAACGAUACAGAGUCUCUAACCAUUACGGUGCUGGAUUAUCCCGGUCGAAUUAUGGUAUCUCUUCAACCACUCUGCGAAGAAGGACAUCUCAACAUCAAGUGGGUGGUGUCUGACAAUGGCGGUAGUGACAUCAUAAAUUAUAUAGUAAGAUGGUGGCGAGACUCCGAGCAACCUGAAUCGAAUCUAUUAGCCGUAUCACGUAAUUCUGAGUUGACACAGCAAGGAGGAAAUUACUUGCUAACCGGGUUGGACAGUGAUGCGACAUAUAAUGUCGAAGUCGAAGCAACAAAUGGAGUGGGAACGACAAAAUCAGACAUUGUUUCUGCUGCUACGCUACCCGUUUUAGCCGUGCCUGUUUUGGAGGAGACUCCAAUGUCAAUCGGUGAGAAAACAUUGAAGAUUGGGUGGAAUAGUGGAGUCAGUGGCAGUGCUAAGCCAACGUAUACGGUGAUAUGGAGUAGCGAUGAUACCUUUACUCGAGAUAGUUUGCAAAUGUUAACGUCGUCGACGUCGUUAGAAAUACAAGGCCUAACGAAAGGAACAACGUAUUCCAUUAAAGUCGAGGCAAGAAUCGAGAUAUGUCUUACUACAUCGUCUGUACGACAUUAUACGACUAGAUGUAAUCCCGGCGUUCCAUCUCCACCAAUAGUAAUCCACGAAACACCCACUCGUUCUGAAACUGUUAAACUAGUAGUCAAGCCUCCUUCUGGACGUGAUUGCGGAGAAAUCACUAACUAUGUUGUCAGAGAUGCUAAUGAUAACCGUCUGACGUCAUCAUUUGCUAUUGAGAAUGGUAACGUUACGAUCACUGUAUUAGACCUUCCGACAGAAACUGGGUGUACGAUUCAAGUGGCUGCUGUAAAUCAUCUUUCCUGGGAGGGUCCGCGAUCACGGCCAGUCUCGUGUGCAACGGCCAAAGUCGAGCCCAUUGAGGAAGACGACAGCGGCGUCUCGAUAGUUGUGAUCAUUGUUCCGAUAAUCAUACUGCUUCUCAUUAUCAUUUUGAUAAUCAUUUUCUGCUUUCUGUACUGGAAAAGACGGCGUGAAGAAAAGGAGGAUGAAGAGCCAAAAGACACAACAGAAGAAUACUUCAAAGCAGCAGAAUCAGGAACAAAAGGAGGAAACUAUUACAGCACGGGUGACAAGACGUCUACUGAACCUCAUUAUGAUGCAGUGCUCACAACACCAGAUGAAACUGAAGUUGGAACGAAUGAAACAAAUGGUACAAACCAGACGACAUUCAAGAAGGAGGCAAAUGAUACAGCUCUCUGACUGGUUGGCUAGUUAUUGCAUGUACAGCAACAUCCCUUACAGAAAUCUGUGAAUUGCAGCUGUGCACAACUAUGAUUGUAAGCCGUGGUAGUUUAGUUUAGUGAUGCAAUUGUUAGAGACUUCUAGUUGGUUGGUAUAAUGACCGUUCUGCUUGCUACCGUACCCAUGUUCAUCUGUUUUUCAUUACAUUUCAUUGUACUUUUACUUUUUGAUAUAGUUACUGCAUGCUGACAUUUCUGUGUGGUUGCUAAUUAAUUCUUCUACAUAUAGCUAAUUAUAUGGCGUGUAUAUAAACAGAAAGUUG